AUGAACUCGAUCUGGAACCCGGACAAUGUCACAGACGUCGCGGAAUCCGUGGGAAUUGCCUCGCUGAACCGCGAUGUCGCCGAACAUCUGGCGCGCGACGUGGAAUAUCGCAUCUCCCAGGUGGUGGAGGAGGCCUUGAAAUUCAUGCGGCAUGGAAAGCGGACCGCCCUCUCGACACAGGACAUUUCACAAGCCUUGCGGCUGUUGGAGGUGGAGCCGCUUUACGGAUACGAAUCGACCCGGCCGCUGCGGUUUGGGGAAGCUUCCAUCGGACCCGGACAGCCAUUGUUCUAUGUCGAGGACGAAGAGGUGGACUUUGAGAAGCUCAUCAAUGCGCCGCUGCCCAAAGUUCCGCGGGAAAUCAGCUUCACGGCGCAUUGGUUGGCGGUCGAGGGAGUGCAGCCUAGCAUCCCGCAGAACCCGACACAGGCCGAUCAGAGGAAUCAGGAGCUGGCCGCCAAAGGACAGGGCUCAAACACCCUUGCAGCAGUCAGUGGGAAUGACAAUGUUGCCGUCAAGCCGCUCGUCAAGCAUGUUCUCUCCAAGGAGCUGCAGCUUUACUUUGAGCGCGUCUGUUCUGCUAUUCUCGACGAAUCCCACGAGGAAUACCGCUCAUCAGCCUUUGCAUCACUCAGGACCGAUCCCGGACUACAUCAGCUCGUCCCGUACUUCAUCCAAUACGUCGCAGAUAAGGUUACUCACAACCUCAAAGUCCUCAACACCCUAUCACAAAGCAUGCACCUCAUUGCCGCGCUGCUGGAGAAUCCCAGUCUCUACAUUGCGCCAUACGUACCUUCCGUUGUACCCUCUGUGCUGACCUGUCUGGUGGGCAAACAUCUCGGUAAUCCAGCCGUGGAUGGCCCCACAAGUCACUUUCAACUUCGAGACUACGCCAGCAGCCUUCUCUCCAGCAUCGCCAAGAAGUACAGCUCGAGCUCCUCCACGCUCAAGCCUCGCAUCGCACGCUCCUGCUUGAAGCACUUUUUGGACUCCCACAAACCUUUUGGCACUCAUUAUGGUUCCAUUCUCGGUCUAACGAUGAUUGCAGGCGCGGCAGGUAUCCGGUCUCUGGUCUUGCCAAACCUCAAAGCGUAUGACGCGCAUCUCCAGGAGGGUUUGAAGGAUGAGAGUAAACGUGAGCAAGCAGAGCAUGUCGUACAAGCCAUCAUGCGUGCGCUGGAUCUUCUCGAACAGGAUGCCGUGGGAGCAGCGCAUACCAACGGUCAUCCCGAGGGCGACGCGCUGAAGGAGCGGCUGGUGGGCGCUGUUGGUGAGGUGAUUGGCGUGAAAGUCUUCGWAAGUGGAAGACAGACUCUGGUGAAUGCUGUGCUGGAGACGGAUCUUGCGAUCUAG